AUGAGUAAUGUUACCAACCAAAAUGGAACAGGUCUAGAGCAGCAGCUUGCUGGUCUGGACUUGCAGCCUCAGGCUCCUAAGAGUUCUGGCCGCUACAUUCCUCCACAUCUGCGCAAGCAGUUGGAGGCUAAACCUUCUGAAGGAGAAGGGUCUAAGCGUCAAAGCUUAGACAGUGAGGGGUCGGACAGCCGUUCAUCAUACGGAGGCAACUCUAGAACGUACGACCGUGGUGGUCGGCGCGACGACCGCGAACGUGACCGCGACCAUGAGAACGAUCGCGGCUACGAUCAGCGAUACCCGCGCACUAACCGCGGUCGAGAAUCCAGUCAGAAUGGCGAUGCAGAGCGAUUCGAGAACGAUCGCUGGACAUCAGAGCGCAGUCGCGGAUCACGUGACAUUCGCGAAUCACGCGACAUUCGCGAGCCACGAGAGCCGCGAGAGCCGACGAGGGACGUUAGGAAGGACGAGGACUUCAACGAGCCGCCUCAGCCCAGGAACGAUCGUUGGAAGGAGCCCGAGCCGAGGGAGGAACGCUCCAACUCACGCUGGCCCUCUGACGACGUCCGACGCACUGCAUCUCGCAGGGGCGAGGUUCACUCGAACGACUGGACAGUACCACUACCUCGCGACGAGCGGCAGGAGUUGGAGCUGUUUGGGACGGGCAACACUGGCAUCAACUUCUCCAAGUACGAGGAUAUACCGGUGGAGGCCAGCGGCGAGAACGUGCCGGAUUUCAUUACAAGCUUUGAGGAUGUUAACCUGACGGAAAUAAUGCGGUCGAACAUAGCGUCCGCCCGAUACGACAAGCCGACCCCGGUGCAGAAGUACGCGAUCCCUAUAGUGCUGGGGCGGCGUGACGUCAUGGCCUGUGCGCAGACCGGCUCCGGGAAGACGGCCGCCUUCCUCGUGCCCAUCCUCAACCAGAUUUACGAGGCCGGACCUGUUAAGAAUAUGGGCGCGGUCCGAAGAACCGGCCACAAGCAGUACCCGCUAGGUCUGGUGCUGGCACCGACUCGUGAACUGGCAACACAGAUCUAUGAUGAAGCCAGAAAGUUCGCCUAUCGCUCCCGAGUUAGGCCCUGUGUUGUUUACGGCGGUUCCCCAAUCUACGAGCAGUUCCGCGAACUUGACCGCGGCUGCCACCUCCUAGUGGCGACUCCGGGCCGUUUAGUCGAUAUGUUAGCCCGCGGCCGGGUCGCCCUGGACCACUGCCGCCAUCUGGUGCUGGACGAGGCCGAUCGGAUGCUGGACAUGGGUUUCGAGCCCCAGAUAAGAAAGAUCGUCGAGUGCCACACGAUGCCCAAGACGGGUGAACGGCAGACGUUGAUGUUCUCCGCCACCUUCCCCAAGCAGAUCCAGGUGCUCGCGCAGGACUUCCUCUAUAAUUAUGUGUUCUUGGCUGUCGGUCGGGUUGGAUCCACCUCGGAGAAUAUUACGCAGAAGGUCGUCUGGGUCGAAGAGCAGGACAAAAGGUCGUUUUUGUUGGAUCUGUUGAAUGCUUCCAACCUCUUGCAGCGCGAGCCCUCUGAGGACGACCAACUCACCCUCGUCUUCGUCGAGACUAAGAAAGGUGCGGAUCAACUGGAAGAGUUUUUGGACCGCGAUGGCUACCCAGUGACGUCCAUCCACGGAGAUCGCUCUCAACGCGAAAGAGAGGACGCCCUGCGCAGAUUUCGAACCGGACAGACUCCGAUACUCGUGGCUACUGCUGUCGCCGCUAGAGGUCUGGACAUCCCCCACGUACGUCACGUGAUCAACUUCGACUUACCCUCGGACGUGGAAGAGUACGUUCACCGUAUCGGACGUACCGGACGUAUGGGGAACCUCGGGGUUGCUACUUCGUUUUUCAACGACUCGAACCGGGGCCUCGCUAGGGACAUGGUGGAACUGCUGGUUGAGGCUAAGCAGGAUGUGCCAAAUUGGCUAACGAGCACGGCCGCGGAUGGACGUGCGGGUGGCGGCGGUAGACGUGCCGGAAGUCGCUCCGGCGGAACACGGUUCGCCACCGGAAACGGCUUCGGGGCAAGGGACUUCCGAACGCAGUCAAGACAGCAGCCGAGGUCUGCGGGACCUUCCAUGGGUAAUGUGAGCUAUUCAGGUUUCGGAUACGGCGGCGGCUCAUAUGGGGGCAACUAUGGCGGCUCGUACGGCGGCGGCGGUGGCGGCGGCGGCGGUGGACCGGACUGGUGGGACUCUUAA